CAGAAAAAGCUCGGAUCUCAUUCCAUCUUUUAUUUAAAUACCCUUCCGUUCCUCCCACUCUCAAGUUAGAAAAGGGAGAAAGCUUCCAAACACCCAACAGCACAGCAACCAAAGCUUCAAGCAUCCUCUCGACAUCUAUAUCUGUAUCCAUCAACACACACAACCGCAACGAUGAAGAUGCCCGCUAGUCCCAGGGACGUGCUUUCCGAGCGUAUCCACUCUUCUCUAAGGUCCUUCAAUCACCACGCCGGGGGCUGCCCGUCUUGCUACGACCCAUACUCCGUGCAUCUCUCCAAGACCCUUCGCCUCUGCGAUAUCGGCCAUUCACUCGCUCAGGACGCAACUGAUGCGCUGUACGCGAAGGCCAGAACUACACCUCUGGGUCAGAUCGACAUUUCAUUCCCGGAAGGUUGGGAAUCUGUUGACGGGUUGAUCAAGUCUAUCACCCACCACCUCCAAGGAGCACCGAGCAACCGCAUCGACCUCGGCGCCGUGGGGCACACAAAGUCCGUGCCCAACAACACCUCCAGGAGGAUCGAGGCCGAGAGGGAGGGGAAAAUCGUAUACGUCUCCCCCGACGUCUCCUCCGAAAGGAUUAGCCGCGGGAGCACGUUCGCCAGCGACCUUACCAGGAGGGGAACAACCGUUGAGGUAUCUCGUGCCCCCGUGAUGGGGAGGGCCAGGUCGACACAUUACCACCGAUACGUCGACCCCAGCAGAUCGUCCGGAUUCGACCUCGCUGCUACCGCUUACGAACAACCGCAGCGGGUGUAUGCUAGCCACCACGGUCAUCGUACGAGCUCUCGCUCCCCGAGAGAGCACGGUUCACCAAGGAGCAGCGGAAGGGCGGUCACCUUCAACCCCGAGAUCGAGAUGCGUUACUUUUAAACGACUGGUGCACCCUCAAGAGACCUGUAACCUGACGAAAAGUUGGAGGAAACUUUAAUCUCUUUCCUGCCCUUCCAAAUGGAGAGGAAAUAAUACCCUUACCCACCCACCACGCACACAUUGCCCCCGCCGCAUUCGCAAAACGCCCCUCUCCGCAUAUACCACCCACCCACCCCCCCCCCCCCCUUCCACACAUCCACCACCUCACCGAUAGCAUCUUCUGAAUAUCUCGUCUUUUCACCGACUCCCCACGGGACAACGCGAACUGAACGAACACCCUGCGGAACUUGCACAAAUCGGUCGACCGGUAGGAAGGGCAUGGGGCGGAUACCUGGCAGCGUCCGAAUGGAAACAUCUGAAAGCUCUCCUUCAUCAUUGUAGGGCUGAGAUCUUGUUUAUCUGCCGACCUUUUCAUAUACACUUUAAUACCCCGAAGAAAAAUAGAAGGAAAAAAAAAAAAGAGCCGAAAGAUAAAAGAGUCGGAGAAUUAGAAGGGCUAAUUCAAGACUCCUCCUCCUUGAUUGGUUGGUGGGAGCUGAGAUGGAUUCCGCGCUUUUUAUUUAUUGAUCCCUUUCCGCUUCCACUUUUCUUCUUCCAUUGGCCCCUCCCCGGAGGCGAGAGACCUGGUAUAGAGAGCAGCGCGUUUUUGUUUGUACUUUUUCCGACAGCCUUUAUUUUCUCCUUUUGUUUGUGUUUCCAAUUGAUUGGAUAGAUAAAAGGAUACCGGUAUUCCUUUUAUUCCCAAAGCUUUGGAUGAGUACAGUAGCUGGCGGGCUCGAUGGAUGGAAGGAUGGAGAAGGACGCUCGUUGACAUUUUUUCUGUUUCCUCAUGUUUUUUUUUCCUUUUGUAAAGGGUUUCUCGGUUGGCCGGCGGACAUAGCAGUGCAUCCUGUAUAUGCGAUCUCUUCUUCCUUUCUAGUCCUGCGGACGAUAUUCAUUCCCUUUGUAUCCGAGUUUAAGCGUUUGUCAAAAAAA